UUUCAUUAACCGCGUCUUCAUUGUGCGCGCCAUCAUUUGCGAAACAUGGACACGGCCUCGUCUUAUGUAGACGUUGUCACAUCGGUUUCUACCAUCCUAGAAGAAUUCAGUCAUCCAUUUACCAUUGUCGGACAGGCUGCGAAUCGAUGGAUGGGUUCCAACGGAUGCUACGACGACGCUAUCGACUUACUCCUUCGAGACGACCAGCUCACCCCUAUCACGCUAGCCUUGGUUCAAUCCGGCGAAUGGGACUACUUUGACCUGCAUAAGGAUCGGCAGGACGACGAGGACUGUUAUCCCGAGUUUUUAGAGUACGGUCAUGACGCCGACCAAGUUUUAGAGCGCAAAGUUGGGCCAAACGACAUAUGGUGCUUCUUGUAUAUUAGAAUAUGGUCCGAGAAAGCUUUCCACUUGAAAGUCGACGGGGUUUCCUGGUUUAAGGCACCCAAUCUCUUUACCGGCUGGCCGACAGUCGUCGAGGAUCGUUUCCAUCCUGCAGCCGAUCGCACUGAUGGUUGGUUCUUCGGUCCCAACCUACUAUCACGCUGCGACCAAAGUCGUUUAUCUCCGCACCCAUUGGACGGCAUUAGCAUCCUCGUACCGAGCAUCCCUUCUUAUCUCAACGCAAUGGUUUACCACGCAACGCAAUACAAAACGGCAAAACCGCAACUUUCAUUCAUGUCGAAAUGGCAAAUUCGCAAUCUGACGAGAUACUUGUAUCUGGAGCUUCCUGAAUGCCGUCACCGGGUUCUCCUCGAAGUUGACGCGGACGCUGAGCAGUUUCUGGGGCAGUUUUUUGACAAGUACAAGAGGAAGCCCCUUUUCAAUAUCAAUAAAUCCGGGGAAGUCGUAGAAAUCAAGCCAUGGUCUCAUGGUAUCUACAGUGCGUUUCUGGCCUUGGUGUUUGUCGGGAUACUUCCUACCCUCAUAUAUUAUUAUAGGCAUUCCCAGGCCCUUGGUUGCGUUAGAAGUUUCUUACCCUCGUAUGUCGCUAUAGGCGUUCCCAGCAGCCUGAAGGAAGCUCUCAGCAAGAGAAUUGUUUAUUUCUCGCUCCUAUCGUUCAUCCUCCCUUUCUUCUUCCAAACCCUCCAUAAACUUCAACAUCCUUACAGCCAUCCAACGCCCUCCCGAAUAGCGAGUCUUAUUGUUCGUCCCGCCUUCCGCUUCUCCAACAUGCCGCAUCCCACCAAGCCGAUCUCCGACCCGAUGAAAGCAGCUCUGCUUGAGUACUUUCAAGCUUCUAUCGAUCUGACGGAGGAUGUGGACAUUGCUGGCUCUGUGGAAGCGAUAACCGCUUUCCGUGCUGCAAUCGAUUGGGGAGGCACGCGCUUCCAUAUCUGCCCGGGCGAAACGAUUGAGUUCGACAGCCGCCUUAAGUUCAGAGUCAGACUCGAGCUGCUCCAACUCGGCGGUCCAUUCGUCGAAUCAGUCUCCGCGGUCGAACUUCUUGGAGGGUUCGUCGCUGGCCUGCCGGACUUGAUUUGGAACCGUGCAAAGACGAUAGUCGGGCGGGGAGAGGAUGGUGACAUUGCGGAUUUCAAGUUCUUGUUGGCAGAAGCGGAAAAGCCGGGACUGACAAUCUCACUGCGAGACGACGAUAUGAGGGAGGUGCUAGAGGAGGCUGGGGAGGAGUUGACGGAGCGCGAGAGAUCAUUACUACAAUCGCUUAUGAAGCCGCCGCUGAAAGACAGCGAAAUCCAUUACCAGGCCAAGCCCGGUUCCUUCAGUAUGUUAUCCCUGCGUACUGCUGCCCUGAUGAUCAUCGCUUUCCUGAACCCAGCACGCCCAAUACGGCUGAGUCGCGAUCUCCUUCCGCUUGUUGUUGAUCGCGUCAACGAAUUCCUCUAG